AUGGCUUUUGCGUCAGCGACACCUGCAACUUCAUCCUCCAAAGAAACAACUUAUCAUGCCAGGCUAUGCCGUGUUCUUGUCGAUGUGGGCACUUGUGUCCUCAGGGAUUCCUUUGAUGCAAUCUGUAGACCACCAACGCUACACACGUUCUUAGCAGCCAAUCAAACCACAUUGCAGUCUCUUAGGUCACGAAGGAUUAUCAAUGCAACACAAUGGGGAAAACUCUUUCCCGCAAUUCCUGCUUCUGUAUCUUCAAGAGAUUUUGACAUCACUUUACUCAUGAUUCUCUUAAGAAACGUUUGUAGUCUGACUCCCCCACUUACUGGCUGGGACUCCCUUCCUGCGGCCACAGACUUCAGCCAUGAAGCAGACAUUACGCGAAUCAAAUAG